CUGUCAAACUGUCAAAGUGCGUAAAUAAAGUAAGUUAAAAUAUAAAAUAAUAACAAAAAGACAGACAUAAUUAGAUUGCAAUUACCAUAACCUACAAAAGUUGAAAAUGUCUGAAGAAUCAAAUUCAAACACAGCAAUUAAAAUUGAACCGAUCGAAUAUCCUCAGGUGAAACAAAAAUUAGAUGAUUAUGAAAUUGAUGAAAUUUGUCCACAGCAAUUUCUAAAAUCAGAGGUUACGGUUGAGAAGGAUAUAAAGCAAGAAAUCAUCGAUGAACAAGAUUUUAAACAUGAUCCUCAAGUGAAACAAGAGGUUGAUGAUAAUGAACAUACAUCAAAUAUGAUUAUGGAGAAUGAUGAGAUAUGCCUACAGCAAUUUCUAAAAUCAGAGGUUACAAUUGAUGAGGAAAUAAAGCAAGAAAAGAUUGAUGGGCAAGAUGUUGCGUCUAAUGAAAGUUUAAAUGAGAAAACUGACAUAUUCAACGAAAACAUUAGUAAUUCAAGUAAUACGAACAAAUCAUUCGAAAGUGUUUCUGAAACAUUUAAAACAAACAAUAAUCUAAAACCACAUAAUUGUAUAAUUUGUCAUAAAACAUUCGUAAGAAAGGAACAUUUGCAGCGACAUACAAAAGUUCACACUGGAGAACGUCCACAUGAGUGUGAAAUAUGUCAUCAAACAUUCCAAACUAAGUUUACUUUAAAACGACAUAAAAUGAUUCACACUGGAGAAUUUCCUUACAGUUGUGAAAUAUGUCAUAAAGCAUUCAGACAAAAGUCGCUUUUAAAAGAACAUAAAACAAUUCACACUGAAGAAAGACCUCACAAGUGCAAUAUAUGCAAUAAAACAUUCAUAUCAAAGCAAUACCUUGAAGCGCAUGAAAUUUCUCACACCGGAGUUCUUGCUUAUAACUGUGAAAUAUGCAAUAAAUCAUUCAGAACAAAACAAUCAUUAAGCCGACAUAAAGUGACCCAUACAGGAGAACGUCCUUACAGUUGUGAAAUUUGCAAUAAAGCAUUUGCAUUAAAAGAUGCAUUAAGAGGACAUGUAAGAGGAGUACAUGCUGGAAUGUAUAAAAAACGUUCAAAAAAAGUUUUGAAUUUGCCGGAAACUAGACAGCCUUAAAAACCUUU